AUGUCUGAAGAUCACAAACCCCAGCAAAUUCUACCAGAACUUGAUGAAAAAUCUGCAACAUCACAAGGUCUCAAGCAAGAUGAUGGUGAUGAGAUAGUUGCUGCUGAUGAAGAACUCGUGUCAUCAAAUGAUCAAGAAGAGUGCAAGACACCAACUUCUAGUGAUCACAAGAUACCAAGAAUUCGAAGCUGCCCACCAACACCGAGAAAGAAGGAGAGAAAAUUGUUGUUGCAGAAGAGAAAAUUUUCUGAGAUGGAAUUCUUUGAAGCUUCUAAUAGAGAUGAGGUAGAGUCUUUCUUUCGAUCAAACUUUGAGCUUGCUAGAGUUGAAUCUUGCCGAAUGAAGAGAAGAUGUAGAAGCUUUUGA